ACCCGCGCCCUCCUUCCUUCCUCGCCCGGACGGACGCACUUCCGGCGGAUAUGGGGGGGCCGGAAACGGAAGUGAGCAGCUGGGCCGACUGACGGUAACGAGGCUGAGCGGAGUUCCCUGAGCUGUGUGAAGAUGAAUGCCAGAGGACUUGGAUCUCAACUAAAAGACAGUAUUCCAGUUUCAGAACUUUCAGCAAGUGGGCCUUUUGAAAGUCAUGAUCUUCUUCGGAAAGGUUUUUCUUGUGUGAAAAAUGAACUUUUGCCCAGUCAUCCUCUUGAAUUAUCAGAAAAAAAUUUCCAGCUCAACCAAGAUAAAAUGAAUUUUUCCACACUGAGAAACAUCCAAGGUCUAUUUGCUCCUCUAAAAUUACAAAUGGAAUUUAAAGCAGUGCAGCAGGUUCAGCGUCUUCCAUUUCUUUCAAGCUCAAAUCUUUCUCUGGAUAUUUUGAGGGGUAAUGAUGAGACUAUUGGAUUUGAAGAUAUUCUUAAUGAUCCAUCUCAAAGUGAACUAAUGGGCGAACCACAUUUAAUGGUGGAAUAUAAACUUGGUUUACUGUAAGAUAGUUUGCCGUUCAUGGAUCAGAGGGGCUACAUCUUGUUAUAGUUGGUUUUUGUUAUAAUUCAAUGUAUACAAUAUUAAAAGUACUGACACAUGAGAUUCUGCCUAAAUAGUAUCAUGAUUAUUUGAAAUUAUCGUGUCUUUGAUUUAUGACCGUGUGACAGUUGAAAGCACUAAAGGAAGAUGAUUUUAAAGUUCCUAAUUUAUAGUAAAACCAUAGCAUUAUUUGUCAUUCAAAAUUAUUUUUCAGGAAUAUUAUAAAUUGUCAACAGGUUCUAAUUUAACUUACUUUGUAGAUAUUCCAUAAGUUUAAUUUUUUAAAAUAACCAGUAUCAAUAUUUCAGUCUACCAACUUCAUAGCAACAUCUUUCAGAAUAAACAUUUGUAAUUAAUUUCAAUAAUAGCACUUCAAAUUGAGUAUGGAAGAUAUUUAUCAUGUUUUAUUAUAGUCUGUGAGAAGAAUAUUUGUUACAUUGAUGGUAUUUUAGAAUUACAGCCAUGAGAUUCUUUUAUGAUGAAAAGUGUAAUUUCAGGGGUUUUGAUUUUGUCUUUGAGUGAAAAAUUAAAGCAACCAGCAAAUGUAGAUUGAACUCAUGUACUUCAUGGAUUUAAUAUGUAUUUGAUAUAUGAGCAAGCAACACUCUUUAAAGGAAGUAAGACUCAUUUUUAUACACGUUAUGCAUCCCUGAACAAAUUUCAUAAUAAUUUUUUAAACAGUUUUCACCAUGAUUACUCUAAAGUAUUCUUUAUGAACCUGCUAUAUAAAAAUUAAAGAUUUUUAGAACAUUA